AUGUCCGCCAUCCAACAAUAUCACAACCAAACCGUCCUCGUUAUCACCCAAGAUGGCCGGGUCAUAGUCGGUCUUCUAAAGGGCUCCGACUCCGUGGGUAGUAUCAUCUUAGCAAAUUCGGUGGAAAGAAUAUUCAGUUCUGAUCAAGGAGUAGAAGAGCUUCCCUUAGGCUUGUACAUUUUAAGAGGAGAUGGUAUAUCUUUGGUGGGUCAAUUGGAUGUUGAAAAGGAUAAAGAGGUCGAUCUGUCCAGUGUUUUGGCUGAACCUAUACCGGAGACUAGACAUACUUAG